UACCUGCCACCUACAACCGAAUAAAAGAAUAGUGCAAAUAUUGUUUAUUAUGCAAAUCGUUCGAAGAGAUUUUAACGAAAAACAGACCUCAACGCUAUCAUCUUUUGUAAGGAAUACAUCAUGCAGCCGUGGUUGGUUACGAUUGGUUGUUCAAAUAAUAUUCGGUGUAAUAACUGUGGUCAGUUUCAUUCUGAUUGUCUUUAUGGCGUUCCGUGGUCCAAUAAAAAGACCUCCCACAAAUAGUAACCGGUGUAAAUCAGACAGUUGCAGAGUGGUAUGCUAUAAUGCACCUUAUUAUAAUAGCCACGAAGAAGACAUUAUAAACAUUGCAAUGGAUACGGAAUCUAACUGCGAAAGAAUGUUUUUGAUGCUCAAAAAUCCGAUGUUCACUAAUUCUACGCUACCAAUGAAUUGGUUAUCUGGUUUGAGAUCUAAAAUACGAUCGUUGACUAUUAUCGGAGGAAACCUAAAACACAUACCGCCCAACGCUUUUAUCAGUCCAUUCGCCACACAUGUAAGGACUCUGUGUCUAGAGGAUGUAACAUUGACCACUUGGCUUCCAGAAACUUUUAUAGGUCUCUCUAAUAUUCAGGAGCUGUUAAUUAAAAAUACUGAAUUGUUAACAAUUCAUUCAAGUGCAUUGAAAACGCUUGACGAUACGUUGACAACUUUAGAUAUCAAAGCGACUAACGUAUGGAAUCCUAUAAACGUUACUGGUUCAGCAAAUCCACAGAAACUGACUACUGUUGAUUUUUCUAGAAAUAUAUUUAUAGAUAUUUUAAACAAAAAUAGCUUUUCAAAAUUACAAAACUGCAAAAUGUUAUAUUUGAAUUCAUGUAAAAUCGCAGUAAUUUCUAACGGUACAUUCGAUAAUUUGAUGAACAUAGAGAUUUUGUUUUUAAAUAAUAAUUAUAUCCAUACAGUACCAACUGGUUUAUUUAGUCAAAUAAUCGCUCUAAAACAUAAACCAAGAAUCAAUUUACAAGACAAUCCUUGGAUGUGUGAAUGUACGAUAAAUGAUUUAAGGAAAUUGCACAAGCAUGAUUUAUUAAUAGUGGAACCCUCAUGUUACUAUCCCAAAGAAGUUCGCGGAUUAACGUUUUCCGAAUUUGAAAAUUAUUGUACAACCAAUGAUUCAAAAACACAACUUAUAAUUCCUGACAAAGACGUUAAUGAAAACUUUAACAGAAGCAAUCAAACAUUGAAUAUUGAAAAUAAACUAUGCGAGUAUGACGGUCAAGUGAACUAUGAAAUUACACCUUUAGUUUCAGCCUCUAAUAAAUAUCGCUGUUCUAGCUUUAGAGUUCAGAAUUACAAGUUAAUACCGACAGUUUCUAAUAGCUUAUGUGAUUUAUUUUCGACGGACAAUAAAUGGCUCAAACCAGUAUUUUAUUCGAGAAGUCAACCAAAUUCAGUUAUCGAAAUAUCAUCAUAUGGACCUUCUGACUAUGGUUUACUUUGGUAUAGAGCCAACUGCCCUCGUGAAAUAUACUGCGUUUCCCGUUUACCGCAAGUACUGAGACUUUUUAACGUAAAUAAAAACAAUCAAUACAUAUUUUGCCCGUUUUCUAACAAAACGGUAAUGACUAACGAAUGUGUUGUUUAUGAUUUUUCAAAAUCUCAGCAACCGUAUUACAGGAAUCCUAUCUACUUAUUGUGUACGAUAACCGCUAUAGUUUGUCUUACAUUCGGUGCUCUUGGAGUUUACGGUCUAAUUCGUAAAAACCCAGGACUACUGAAAGGAAGCAAGAGAGUUCUUUUUGUGAAACAUAAGCAAGUUGAUGCAUUGGUGUUACCACCUAAAGUACCUAUAAGAAAUAACUUAAUGAAUGAAACACAUUUGUCAAACAGUAAUAGGAAUAUAUUUAUUAUGUCACCUAAUUUGAACAAUUUACCGAUGAAAUUUACAAGAAUGAAUUCGACUAGAAGCACUAACAGUAGUAACCCCAGUUACAUUUCGGCGAUACAACCGAAUGAGGAUCAAUUAGCGCAAUGGCGGCUGAAGCACUACUUGGAAAAAGAGUCUACUGUUCAUUCUCUUGACUCCUGUACGUCAUCAAUUUCUUGGAUUUACGACGCUGAUUCUGUACCUUAUUUUCAACUUGAUUCUAAAGAACCUAUUUAUGAGAUUGUUAAAAAGAAUUGAACUCAACAAAAG